AUGUCAGAGUCUCUAUCGACGACAACCAAGACACCUGGAAGGCCUCUCAACCCCUGUACGGCAUCUCAAGUUAUACGAUCUGGUAAGGCCAUCGAAGCCAAGAACAGAGACUACAAUUUCUCUCAAGACCAACCAUGGGUCAAGACAACCAGAGCUCUAAGUUUUGUUGAUGAGACUCCAGACAUCAUCAACAUCCAUGAUUCGAACAACCUGGAUACGUUGGAAAACUUCGACAUUGGACGUGAUAUCGACGAUGCCAGCAACCGGUCUUCACCACCCCUUGCUUCUCUACAAAGAUUCCGAUCAAAUGAUUCAACGUCUUAUUCCGAUCAGGAUAGAUCCAACUCAACUUCAGCCCUUAGGAUCUCUUCUUGCAAUGUAGAUCAGGAGCGUCCCUCAAAGAAACGAGCAUUGAGUCCAUCUUCAAGUGGGAAUUGGAAGAACACCUCUCGCUCGGACCCUAGCGAAGCUAUCUCACCCAGCCAAAAGUCUGAUACCGUGGGGCCUUUCGCAUCGUUUUCGGGGCCUCACAGUAUCGAAUCUCCUAUCCUCAGCAGCGAUAUUGUUCUGGGUGUGGAGAGCCCUCAAGUCGCCGCAGCGCUCGCGAGCUCUCGUGGAACAGACCUUCCAAUUCCAGUGGACAAUGUUGCCGAAGCCAUCUCAGGUGUCUACUUGGAUACGCCGAAAUGGCCACUAGAAGAUCCACAAGAGGCAAUGUUAUUUUACAACUUCAUCCACGUCUUGGCACCGCUCUUCGAUUUGUGUGACAGCGAGAGACAUUUCGCUACGAUUGUCCCGCGUCGAGCAGUCAUAUGCCCUCCACUUAUGAAUGCAGUGCUUGCGGCUUCUGCCAAACGAUUAAGCAGAAUUAAUGGGUUUGAUGGGUUGGUCGGCGAUCGUUAUCACCAGAACUGUCUCGAUGCUCUUAUCCCCGCCCUGAGCAGUUCUGCAGCUGUUAUGGACGAAAAUCUCCUCACUGCCAUUGUCAUUCUUCGCUACAUGGAGGAACUCGACGUGCCCCUCACAUCUGCAGAUACGGCUAGCGAAUCACAUCUUGUCGGUACUCGAGUCUUUGUUGCAGCUCAAGAAAAGGUUUUAGACUUUACUGGACUACGGCGUGCGGCAUUCUGGGUUGCACUACGGCAAGAGAUACACAUGGCUUUUAUGCAGGCCCGACCCGUUCACCCAAAUUUCGCCCUGGAAGAUAUCUCUAGGCUCGUUCAAAACGAUGACACCUGUUGCACCUUUGCGAACUUAACUAUCUUGCAAUGUGCUGCUUGUUUGCGCUAUUGUUAUGGGUCGGAUGAUCAGAGCUUCUCAGCAUGGGAGAGGUUGCAAGAGGCUCAAGAGCGAUGGUGGGCGGAUAGGCCAUGGCACUUUCAUCCGAUGUAUAUCAACACUGAUGCAUCUGGCAUCUUCCCACAAGCGCUGUAUCUCAACGAUGCUGUCGUCACAGGAGUGCUCCAUUACCUACUUAUUCAGGUCCUGCUAGCAGCUCACAACCCUAGGACACCAAAAUUAGGUCCCGGGCAGGCGAAAGCGGCCAAGUCAAUAAAUGAGGAGAUCAGAAAGACCGUCAAGAUGGUCUGCGGUGUUGCUGAGGUCAGAAUUUGA